CCAGAUGUGACCUCCUGGCUGACCCUCCCCUCUCCAGGGCCGAAAGGGAACCGGAGUUCUCAGCAUCCUUCGCGUCCUGGUGCUGGCUUCUUGGCGACACUCAGCGACACCUCCAUUUGCCGUACUUUGGCCAAAGAUGGGCUGACUUUUGACAUCAGAGGAUCUGGGCCGAGAUUCUUCAGUUGAGCUGACAGCAUUCGAUAGCUUCAGGUCUCUCGGCUGCUGGACUCAGAACCUGCCCAGGAGGCUGGCGGCUUACUUCCUCACCGGCCUGAUGCUGCUGCCUCUGGCAGGAGACUGGGCCCGAGACCUGCGGGUGAACCCUUGCGAGGGAGAAAGAUGCUUCGUGAACUAGGAGAGCUAGCUUAGCACGGCCUCACUUGUCAUGUUGGCUUCACAGGCACCGCGAGAACGAGAUGCACAUUCAUCUCUGCAUGCAGAGGAGCCCAGGGCCCUGGAGCCAGGAGGAAUCUUACCAGAUUCAGGUGCUCCGUGAGCACCCUGGGGUGUCAUUCCCCAGACGUGGAUUGGAUUGAGGGGUGGGACACCACUCAAGGUGCUGUCUUCCAUUUCCCGUGAUGCAGUGGGUGGCAGUCACUGCUGUCCGUGUUUGUUUCGAGGACCGUUGUUAGGUCCAUGAAACACAGUCUGAGAAUAAAGACACUUGGCUUUCCGGGAAACUUGGUGUGAGGUACUGACCUUUCUUCUGAGAGGCUCGUUGGUAUCUUCAUGUCCCGUCAGGAGAAUAAGGGAGCUGUCGAGUCAGAAGUGACCGGCUGGCCCUGCUGCAGGUCAGGAGGAUCCUGCAGCAGCUGGGCCUGGACAGCACCUGUGAAGACAGCAUCGUGGUGAAAGAGGUGUGUGGGGCCGUGUCUCGGAGGGCCGCCCAGCUCUGCGGCGCAGGCAUGGCCGCCAUCGUGGAGAAGAGGAGACAAGACCAGGGGCUCGAGCACUUCAAGGUCGCCGUGGGUGUGGACGGGACGCUGUACAAGCUGCACCCGCACUUCUCCCGGAUACUGCAGGAGACGGUGCGAGAGCUGGCCCCUCGGUGUGACGUGACGUUCAUGCUGUCGGAGGACGGCAGCGGGAAGGGAGCCGCUCUGAUCACAGCUGUGGCCAAGAGGUUACAGCAGCAGAGGAAGGAAAACUAGGUGGGCCUGCCCAGGGGCCACCAGACGGGACCUCCUGGCUGACCCUCCCCUCUCCAGGGCCGAAAGGGAACCGGAGUUCUCAGCAUCCUUCGCGUCCUCGUGCUGGCAUCUUGGCGACACUCAGCGACACCUCCAUUUGCCGUGCUUUGGCCAAAGAUGGGCUGACUUUUGACAUCAGAGGAUCUGGGCCGAGAUUCUUCAGUUGAGCUGACAGCAUUCGAUAGCUUCAGGUCUCUCGGCUGCUGGACUCAGAACCUGCUCAGGUGGCUGGCGGCUUACUUCCUCACCGGCCUGAUGCUGCUGCCUCUGGCAGGAGACUGGGCCCGAGACCUGCGGAUGAACCCUUGCGAGGGAGAAAGAUGCUUCGUGAACUAGGAGAGCUAGCUUAGCACGGCCUCACUUGUCAUGUUGGCUUCACAGGCACCGCGAGAACGAGAUGCACAUUCAUCUCUGCAUGCAGAGGAGCCCAGGGCCCUGGAGCCAGGAGGAAUCUUACCAGAUUCAGGUGCUCCGUGAGCACCCUGGGGUGUCAUUCCCCAGACGUGGAUUGGAUUGAGGGGUGGGACACCACUCAAGGUGCUGUCUUCCGUUUCCCGUGAUGCAGUGGGUGGCAGUCACUGCUGUCCAUGUUUGUUUCGAGGACCGUUGUUAGGUCCAUGAAACACAG